CUAAUUUGGGGAGCCGGCAAGGCUUGUCCCCAUUUUAUUUUGCUCUUCGAGGUCUCCCUCUCCCUCUCAAUAUCUCUCUCCUCGUUCUCUCUCAGUAAAUCAAAAGUUAGUUUCAUUUCAAGGUUGGAGCUGAAAGUUUGUGGACAUGGAAGAGAAACCAUCAAGCUCUCAUCGCAAGCGCCAAUUCUUCGAAGACGAAGACUCCGACAAGCCUCCCGCGCAAAAGAGAGUUAGGUUUCCCAAGGGAAAGAAAGUGAAGCCUGGAGAAGAACCAGUGAACAGAGUUGAUGUGGAAGAUGGUUCUGGUGACUUGAAAGAUCCCCGUCUCGCUGCCAAGGAGCGUGCCAAGCACCGCAGUCAAAUUACUACGGAACUGUUCACUGCAGAUGGACAGGGCAUGCUUAACGAUGUCUCCGCUGCUGAAGUUGCAUAUGAGGAUAAUGAGAACUUUGUCGAUGAUGGUAUUCAAAUAGAACCUUUCAAUCUGAACAAAGAAAGAGAAGAAGGAUACUUUGAUGCAGAUGGAAACUUUGUUGAAUAUGUCAAUGACAACGAAAUCAAGGAUGCAUGGCUUGAUAGUGUUGAAGCUGAUAUAAAAUAUACAGGAAAAACAUCCGCAACAACAAACGAUGAAGAUGAUAAUGAAGUUGUGACACAGGAUCUUUCCUCUCAAGACAUUGGGAUAAUGAAAAGACGUAUUGCCAAUGUGCUCGAGCCUGGAGAAACGGUUUUGCGAGCUCUGAGAAGGUUGAAAGGAACUUCAAAUAACAGAAAGGAGAAAAUGUCAGCUGAGACAAAGCAUGUAUUUGACCAACUAACUGAGGAUGCCAUGAAGUUGAUGGAGAAUGGUGACUACAAUGUGUACCAUGAGAAGCAGGAGGUUUUCCAGCGCGAGGCAGAGGGAUAUGAGAAGUUAGCUCUGGCCAGGGGGAAGAGCCUAGCUGUGAAUGUUGGACUGGAGAAUUCUGGUCCUAACUUGGGAAUUGACACACUCACAGAUAUAAAUAAUCCUGGAGUAACUUCUUCCAUACUCCCUGACUCAGCUGUGGGUACUUCAAAUUCAAAUCUAAACGCUGCUGAUGUUUCAAGCAAUACAGCUGACAGUUAUGAUAUGUUUGCUGAUGAUGAGGAUGAUGAAAAUCUUAAACCAUCAUCUGAGCCUAAUUCUAAUGCUGUGAUUCAAGCAUCUUAUGAAGCUGUAUACACUUCUUCUGAGACUGGAGAUGUGCAAAAUGAUUAUGUCUAUGAUGAGUCUUCAGGGUACUACUACAGUAGCACUUUGGGAUAUUAUUAUGACCCAUCUACAGGACUAUAUUGCUCAGCAGUAUCAGGGCAAUGGUAUUCUUUUAAUGAGGCGACUGGCACAUAUGAUGAAGUCAAGGAGGUUGCAUCCAGUACAAAUUGAGAGGUAGAGAGUUGCUGCUUCAGUCAAGGAUGUUGUACAGGCUAUAGAGUAAAGUUUGAUGUGUGAAAGUGGAAUGAAUCUAAGUGGGUUUGCACACAAUAGGCUCCUGACUUCUUUCUUGCCUUUUGAAAGCUAAUAACAGUUAUACAGUCCUUGUUUUUCUACCCAGUAAGAUCACUUAGAUUUUCUGUGGCGGUGUCAUUUUGCAAUUUUUGUUUUGUUGUGGUUGUGGUUGAAGUGUUAGAGAUGGAAAUUCAUCAUUUGGAUUCCAAGCUUUGAGUUGUUCAGCAUAUGGGAGUUUGUUUUGUUUUUA